AGAUGAAUGCAAAACUGCAAAUGGAUUCAUAGAAGAAAAGAAGUAUCUCCAGCAAGGUGCAGAUAUGGAAAGAGAGGAGAAGAGCAUGGGAAGUGAGGAGGAGGCCAAGGGGAAACCGUGGCGACGAGGAGGCAUCCGGACAUUGCCUUUCAUCCUUGCUAACGAGUUAUGUGAUAGAUUUGCGGUGGCUGGUUUUAAUGGGAACUUAAUAAGUUACCUCACACAAGAGCUGAACAUGCCACUGGUUGCAGCCGCCAACACUCUCACAAUCUUUGGUGGAACAGCUAGCUUCACUCCUCUCAUUGGUGCUAUCAUUGCUGAGUCCUUUGCUGGCCGCUUUUGGACCAUCACCAUUGCUUCUCUUAUCUAUGAACUGGGAAUGAUCAGUGUAACACUAUCAACCAUACUUCCACAUUUGCGCCCCCCACCAUGCCCAACUCAAGUGAAUUGCCAAGAAGCCACAUCCUCACAGCUAUCCAUAUUCUACAUCUCUCUCGUUCUUAUAUCCCUUGGAUCUGGUGGCAUAAGACCUUGUGUUGUGCCUUACUUAGGAGACCAAUUUGACAUGACAAAAAAUGGUGUGGCAUCUAGGAAGUGGAACAUCUUCAAUUGGUACUUCUUCUUCUUGGGAUUUGCCUCUCUAAGUGCUUUGACCAUUGUGGUUUACAUUCAAGACAACACUGGCUGGGGCUGGGGUUUUGGAAUACCAACUAUUGUCAUGUUCAUAUCCAUCAUUGCCUUUGUGUUGGGCUCACCAUUUUAUAAGAAUGUGAAGCCAGACGGGAGCCCUUUGGUUCGUUUGGCACAAGUGAUUGUGGCGGCUAUAAAGAAGAGGAAUGUGGUCUUACCAGACAAUCCCAAUCUUUUGUACCAAAAUAGGGAGCUUGAUGCUACUAUUUCCUUGGAAGGAAGGCUUUUACACACAGAUCAGUAUAAAUGGUUGGACAAGGCAGCAAUUGUCACAGAAGAAGAGACCAGAGACCCAAAUGCAGCACCAAAUUUAUGGAAACUAGCCACUGUCCACAGAGUUGAGGAGCUAAAAUCCAUCAUCAGAAUCCUCCCAAUCAGUGCAACAGGAAUAUUACUCAUUGCUGGUUCAUCACAUCUACCUAGCUUCGUCAUUCAACAAGCUCGCACGAUGGACCGCCACCUCUCUCACUCAUUCCAAAUCUCCCCUGCCAACAUGUCUGUCUUCAGUGUCCUAACCAUGAUGUCAGGACUAAUUCUCUACGAACGCCUCUUUGUUCCGCUCGCUCGAAGAUUCACAGGGAACCCGUCCGGGAUCACAUGCUUACAGAGAAUGGGAAUAGGCUUUGUGAUUAACAUCUUAGCCACAGCAAUUUCAGCACCAGUGGAAAUCAGAAGGAAAGAAAUUGCUGCAAAGUACAAUUUACUUGAUGAUGUUAAAGCCACUAUUCCUAUUAGUGUGUUCUGGUUGGCGCCUCAGUAUUGUUUACAUGGAUUGGCUGAUGUUUUUAUGUCUGUUGGGCUUUUUGAGUUUCUGUUUGAUCAAGCACCUGAAAGCAUGAGAAGUAGUGCUACAGCUAUAUACUGCAUAAUUAUAGCUAUUGGGAGCUAUGCUGGUACAUUCAUAGUGUCACUUGUUCAUAAGUAUAGUGGAAAGGAUGAAAGGAACUGGUUACCUGAUAGGAACCUCAAUAGGGGAAGAUUGGAGUGCUAUUACUGGCUUGUUAGUGGGAUUCAAGUUCUGAAUCUUGUUUAUUAUGGAGUAUGUGUUUGGUUUUACACUUACAAGCCCUUGGAAGAAGUUGCUGAAGUGAUGAACAAGGAAGAGGACUUGGAAGAGGUCAAUACUAAAAUCUCAUGUGUCAAAUUGAAACAUGAUGGGAUGGAUGAUGAAUAAGGAGCUUUCACAAAAUCAAUGUAUUUAUGUUCAUGUUCAAAGUGACUGAUUUUCAUUCUUGGACUCUUUGAAACUCAUUUUCCUCAAUAGGAUUUUAUCACAUCAAUUAAAAAUGAAUGAAAUAUCACUGUUUCAUCA